AUGUUUUCGGCCUCCUUGUCCCCUGAAGAACUUCCCGAAAGCUCUCCAAGAACCCCGGUUUUCCCGGAUCAUGUCCUGCCUCAGGAUCCUGCCUCCUUCUGCCAGGGCAAAUGUGCCGUGUCGCUGACUGUAGCCGAGGCCAGACAUGGACAUCAAGGACGAAGGCGGCUUUGGGGACUGUCCACGCUCUACACUUUCCAGGCAGAUGACCGGGAGCAUUGGACUUGUCGAUUUGAAGGGCUGCUUCUCGCUCGGCCUGGUCCUCUGCCAAAUCUCUCCAGAAAACGCUCUGCCUUGUGGCCAAAGGUUUGCCGUGUUGCUCAGAAGACCAACCUGUCUUUAGCCCUGCAGCUGGAGGAAGCCCUUCAGUCAGUGAGCAAUGAAUUGAACAUUGGGGUAGGGACUUCCUUCUGUCUCUGUACUGAUGGCCAGCUUCAUGUCAGGCAAAUCUUGCACCCUGAAGCUUCCAAAAAGAAUGUAUUAUUGCCUGAAUGCUUCUACUCCUUUUUUGAUCUCCAGAAAGAAUUCAAGAAGUGUUGCUCUGAUUCACCUGAUAUUGACAAAUUGGAUGUUGCAGCAAUAACAGAUUGCUUGCAUCUUGAGAAGAGUGUUUGAACCUCCCGAUAUGGAGCCUCAGAAGUUGAAGAUAUGGGGAAUGUUAUUCUAACAAUGAUUUCAGAACCAUACAAUCACAGGUUUUCAGAUCCAGAGAGAGUGAAUUACAAAUUUGAAAGUGAAACUUGCAGCAAGAUGGAAGUGGUGGAUGAUAACACUAUCAUCAGGGCAAGAGGUUUGCCAUGGCAGUCAUCAGUCCAAGAUAUUGCAAGAUUCUUUAAAGGCCUUAACAUUGCCAAGGGAGGUGCCGCACUUUGUUUGAAUGCCCAGGGUCAAAGAAAUGGAGAAACACUGGUCAGGUUGGUAAGUGAAGAGCACAGAGACCUUGCACUGCAGAGGCAACACCACAAGGGGAAUCAGUACAUUGAGGUUUACAAAGCAACAGGUGAAGAUUUCCUUAAAAUUGCAGGUGGUACUUCCAAUGAAGUAGCCCAGUUUUUGUCUAAAGAGAAUCAGGUCAUUGUCCGAAUGCAAAGACUUCCUUUCACCGCCACAGCAGAAGUAUUGGCUUUCUUUGGACAGCAUUGCCCUAUCACUGGGGGGAAGGAAGGUAUCCUAUUUGUCACAUAUCCUGAUGGGAAGCCAAUGGGGGAUGGUUUUGUCCUGUUUGCUUGUGAGGAAUAUGCACAAAAUGCACUGAGGAAACACAAAGACUUGCUGGGUAAAAGAUACAUUGAACUCUUUAGGAGCAAACUACUUCAUGCUGAUAGCUGUGAUGGCCCCGGCAGUGAUCCCAAAAAGCACCACCGAGUAACCAGGAGAGGCCAUCAUGAUGAUAGAUGGGGAGGGGGAGAAGGGGGUCUUGGAAGUGCUGAGGUGGUGAAGGAAUUACUUCAUGCCCAGCCAGCCACCGUUUUUGACCUCCGGAUGCUUGGUGCCUGCAGGAAUCUUUUGUCUUCCAGUCUGGACUCAAAUUCGGAGGCCUGGCUUGGGUCCCCCAAAAGGGGAUGGCUGCAGGUUUUUAUGGACCAUGUGUUGCCACUCCCACAGGUCCUGGAAAGGACAGCUGCCGGGUUUUGUUUUCAAAUCAUCUACCACGUGAUUGCAAGUGCUAGCAGAAUUCAAAACUUCCAGAAAGCUCGACCCAGAAUCCAGGUUUGCAGGAAUCAAGGCCUUGCUCAAAAGGCUGCAUCAUCUUGCAAGGCCAAAUGUUCAUUUGAGCUCACUGCAGCAGCCAUCAGACCGAGAAGACAAGGACUGAGUAGGCUUUUGAGAGUGUCCAGCCUCUGCCAUUGCGCUUUUGCGGGGAAAGUGGCAAAUGGGAGGAGAGCCGGAACCCAAGAUCUCCUGCCCGACGAGCCCUGUGGUCUAGGGCAGGUCUGA